UAGUGGAGUAUUCACCUGAGCUGUGGGAGUGUGGGAGACUGGGAGUAUAGUAGCGGAGUGAGCCGCGGAUAUGCUGGGACUCGGCGCAGGAGCGGCGGCUAAGUCUCCGAAGCAGCCAUCCUUUGUGUCUUAUCUGACUCCCGAGGAGGUUGAUGUCAAAGAAAAGGAGCCGGCACAGAAGGAUGAUAUUCCAUUCUUACCAGGUGAGUUACUGCUGUGUGAGGCUAAUACGGUCUUGAAAUACACACAAGAUGAAGGUUCACAGCGAGGAGUCUAUGGCAAACUUAUCUGCACAAACUUCAAGAUCACCUUUCUUUGUGAGGAAGGAGCAGAGGAUAACACAUUGCAGGGUAAAUACAGGUUGUUUUUUAAUGUUGAGCCUUAUGCCUCUCAGGAGGAUGUUGUCCAGGCAGAGUUUGCUGCACAUGUAUCCUCAGCGAUAUCUGCAGUCUUAGCCGAGAUUCCCAGAUUUUCUGGGAAGCGUAAGAGGAAAUCUAAAGUUUUAGAGACUAGGGUAUCUGUUUCUAAUGCUGACCCUCAGGUUCCUUUAAGAUUGGAAGAUAAGAAUUCUCGCUCGGAGGAGGUUUUUCCGGUCCCAGAUAGGGCUAAGGAAAUCAUAGAGCAAGAGUGGGAGAAACCAGGAGUGUUUUUUACAUCCUCUCCAGUGUUUAAAAAAAUGUUUCCAGUAGAUUCCUCCAUUACGAAGGUUUGGUCUUCAGUACCAAAGGUAGAGGGUGCCAUUUCCACUCUGGCCAAGAGGACUACUAUACCUGUUGUUGACAGUUGGGCCUUCAAGGAUCCUAUGGAUAAAAAGAUGGAGGCUUAUCUUAAGAAGAUGUAUGCACAUCUUGGUCUCCAAUGGCAACCAGUGGUCUGUAUUGCUACGGUGACUAGUGCUACCUCAUAUUGGUUUGAGGCAUUAACAGAUUCUCUACAUGAGGAAACCCCUCUUGACGAGAUUCAGGACAGAAUCAGAGCUCUCAGCUCCCAGAAUAUUCUUGAAGGUUCUAGGAGCCCUUCUAGCGGUGGUCCGGUCAAGGGGGAUAGCAGUGGCCCCCUAUCUGGACGACAUUCUAAUUUAGGCUCCUUCCUUUCCAAAGGCAGUAUCUCACACGGAGAUGUUAGUGUCCUUACUCCAGUCUCAUGGCUGGAAGUUAAAUGUGGAAAGUGGAGUUCUCUGGUUCCAGCGACAAGAGUUGUGUUCUUAGGGACGGUCAUAGACUCUGUCCUGAUGAAGAAAUUCCUGAUGGAGACCAGAACAGUCAAGCUCCUAUCGGCUUGUCGAGUCCUUCAGGAGACACCUCGUCCUUCAGUUGCUCAAUGUAUGGAAGUAAUUGAACUGAUGGUGGCAGCCAUGGACAUUGUGCCAUUUUCUCGUUUUCAUCUGAGAGCCUUACAGUUAUGCAUGCUCAAUCACUGGAACAGAGAUUAUCUGGAUCUUUCUCCAAAGAUAGUGUUGGAUCAGAAGACAAAGGAUUCUCUUCAUUGGUGGCUGUCCCGGGGCACUUGCUUUCGGAGACCAUCUUGGUUGAUUGUGACUAUAGACGUCAGCCUGGUUGUGUAUGAUGAUAAAAAGAAACUUCUCACAUCUGGACAAGUGAAAAAAAAUCCAGAGAGACUAAUCAUCUACUGCAAAGACUUCCGUGUGUUUCAUUUUUGUCUGCGCUACACGAAGGAAGAGGAAGUCAGGAGGAUAGUCAAUGGUAUUAUUCAUCACAUUCAGAGUCCUAAGCUUUUGAAACUCCUUUUUCUUUUUUCAUAUUCAGCUGCUGCUCCUCGCUACAAGGCAACGUGUACAAAGGAAACCACAGUCAUGUUUGAGAGCAUUAAAGACUGGCGGCUGGAGUUAGAACGGACCAAAGGAAACCUGAAUUACAAAGUAGUGUCAGUCAAUGAGCUUUACACACUAUCAGAACGAUUACCUAAAUAUUUUGUUGUACCAGUUUCUCUGUCGGAGGACAGUAUGUUUCAGUUCAAAGGAAGAGGUAUACCUAUUUGGUGCUGGUCUUGUCAUAAUGGUUCUGCCCUUUUAAAAAUGGCUUCGCUUCCAAGAGAAGUGGAUGAUGUGACCAUGCAGCAGCAGAGAUCAUUUCUAGAGGGCAUAGAGAGAACUCUUCAUAGACCGCCAUAUGAGGAAGUCAGAACUGAGGAUCUCUCUUCCUGUCUACCAUCACUUUCAGAAAUCCAGUUGGCAUACAGCCGAUUCAAGCAGCUAUUUUUAAUUGAAAAUGCCACUGACUUUUGGGACACAGAUGUGAAAUGGUUUUCUUUGUUGGAUGCCUCAAAUUGGCUAGAAAUAAUAAGACAGUGCCUGAAGAAAGCAAUCGAUGUCAUAGAUUAUUUGGAAAACCAAAAGCUAAAUGUUGUUCUUAAAGAAGACACUGGAUCUGAUAUGUGCUGCGUGAUAUCCAGUCUUGUUCAGAUCAUGAUAGACCCAUACUUUCGCACCCAACUGGGCUUUCAGAGCCUUAUUCAGAAGGAUUGGAUAAUGGGGGGACACUGCUUCCUGGAUAGAUGCAACCAUUUACGAAAAAACGAGAAUGAGGCUCCAGUUUUCCUCCUCUUUUUAGACUGUGUGUGGCAGCUUGUCCAGCAGUAUCCUUUGGCUUUUCAGUUCACUGAGACAUAUCUAACGGUUUUGUCAGAUAGUAUCAACAUACCCAUAUUUAGUACAUUCUUCUUCAAUUCACCGUGCCAAAGAGAUGAGCAUAGUUGGGCGAUGGAUGGUAUGGAUAAACAAAACAUGCCUUUAACUUUUUACACCGUUUGGGACUGGUCUGUGCAAUUUGAACUCAAAGCUCUGUCAUUUUUAAACAACCCCCUUUACGUGGAAAAGCCAAAGCAAGAUAAAAGUCUGCGGAAAGCUGUACGUCUAAAGCAUCAAAGACAGCUGUCUUUACCACUCACCCACUCAAAAACGCCAAAUAAAAGAGGAUUCUUCAGGGAUGAGACAGGACCUUUUAUUAAAAACCUGCUUGGCAAAAGAAUAAGCAAGCUAAUAAGUGCCUCAGAUGAUGUGCCAAACAAUGGGAGGGAGUUCUACGAGAGCUGGCACAGGAAACCAGUGGACUUCCAUGGUUUGAUUCUGCCUCAUGUUGAUGGACCUGAAAUCCGAAUUUGGGCUCAACGUCAUUUGAGGUGGAUCCCUGAGGCUCAAGUCCUGGGUGGAGGAAAUGUUGCAACCAUGCAGAGAGUGUUGGAGAUAACAGAUGAGUUACAGAGUUUGAAGAAAAAACUUGAGGAGAAUCCCUCCAUGCACCAGCAUUCCAUUAAGGAAACGGAGGUUGAUACCAGGCGUAAAAAAUCGGUCAGGCGCUCAUCACUCUACCCAUUUGCAACAUUAUCCAUUAGCUCUUUUAGACCAGCUAUAGCCACCAGCACAUGGCACAGUUGGGAGGCUGAGGACGACCUUGUCAAUAGAGAAGAUGAGAUAGUAGAUCUAGGCACUAUAUAAAUAUAUAUAUUAUGUUUCAACAAAUUGCUGCUUUGCAGGUGGCUUGAAUACACUGUGCUCUAUAUAUUAUUUUUUAUUCCUUUAUCUUUUCUUUAAUUAUGGAAUUACUAUUCCAAAAGAUUUUAAUAGUGUUUUAGGCAAUCUAUUAUAAAUAGAUUGAGAAAUCCAACAUCAUUUAUGUAGCCUGAAAACUAGGUUUCUUCAUUCCUGAAGAGUUUGUGGAGAAUAAACUACAAGUCUUUCUUGUGGAAAGCAAUAGUUAUUGCCAAACUUACCAUUCCUAUCUCAUCAAGCACUGUCUUCUGACAAACCAGUCCAUAGUAUAUUUAAUGGGUAAGUUUCAUAAAUGGCUUAGCUUGUUGUUAAAUCAGCUACACCUUGUUGGCAGUCAGAAUAGUCAUCACUGUACGAAGGUGUAAAUAAAGUCUGUAGGCACCUUUUUAA